AUGUUCAGAAACUCCAUCAGAUCCUUCUCCAACACCGCCAGAGCCUUCGGCAAGAAGGUCUUCAUCACCCCUUCCAUUGACGGUGUCAAGCAGACCCCAAUCAAGUUCGAAUUGUACGACGACGUUGUCCCAAAGACUGCUGAGAACUUCAGAGCCUUGUGUACUGGUGAAAAGGGUUUCGGUUACGCCGGCUCCAUCUUCCACAGAGUCAUUCCAAACUUCAUGUUGCAAGGUGGUGACUUUGAAACCGGUAAGGGUUACGGUGGUAAGUCUAUCUACGGAGCCAAGUUCCCAGAUGAGAACUUCGACAAGAAGCACACCAAGCCAGGUUUGUUGUCUAUGGCCAACGCUGGUCCAAACACCAACGGAUCCCAGUUCUUCAUCACCACUGUUCCUUGCCCAUGGUUGGACGGUGCCCACGUUGUGUUCGGUGAGGUUAUCGAGGGUAUGGAUGUGGUUAAGGCUAUUGAAGCUGAAGGUUCUGGCAGUGGCCAGACUCGUUCUGCCAUUGUCGUUGAGGAGUCUGGCGAGCUCGACGAGUAA